AGCAGCGUUGGUCCGGACUGGGACUUUCUCAGAUCAGAUCACUGUGACCUCCUCCUCGAUGCCAUGGACAAACAACUGGACCAGUUGCAGAUCCACUCUCACAAGAAUUCCAGCAGGUUCAGAGAAAAUGUCUGCAAAGAGACAGUGACCAGUGGAUGGAGCCAGUCUGUGAGUAAGGACACAGGUCUGGGCAGCACUCAGACAGACACCCCUCUGUCCUAUCAGGACCUCCAGAGCCCAGCGGACCACAUGUCAGAGAGCAGUACAGGCUUUAAAGAUCAUCCUGGGGACAGAGUGGUGUGUGUGAGGAGCAGAGACAGAGACAGGGACAGGGCAGUGCAGGAGUCCCACCAGGAGGAGGCGCUGUGGAGGCUGCACCGACUCCUGGGAGACUCCUGUGUGGGUGGGGACGCAGGGACACUCCAGCCCCUGUCUGACAGCAUCUGUACAGAGGACUUCGCCCGCCGCUUCAGCCAGGAGAUGGUUCAUGAGUCAGUCACACGCAAGCGUCACGGGGCAUCCACAGGGGACACCAAAGAUCUGUCUAAAGCAAAGCCUGCAGACACACAGAAGACAGAAGCUCGACUCAAGUGCAGAUCUCCAAGAAGAGCCACUGAGGAUGGCCACAAUGCCCUGAAGACUCCACAUGUGAAGCGUCCUCAGAUAAACACCAGCACUCCUAAGCCUAAGUGUGUGGCUGGUGUUCCUGUGCUGAGCUUUGACUCUGUGUCCAUCGACAGUGACUUGGACUCGGUGUGCACAGAAGGACUCCGUCAGCACAUCCGCAAACAGCCUGGAUGGCGUUCUUUCAUGGAAUCAGUCCGAAAUCUGGAUGAACUUUGUAAAGGUCCUCAAGACGAUGACGCAGACACUUUGCAGGACACUGAACAUCUGAGUCACACAGAAAAUACAGAAAACCAAGUCACAACUCCACAUCUCAGAGAUGAGUCCACCAGACCCCUUGUUGAUGAAGAGGAGGAUUUGGAGGAUGAGUCCAAGAGGAGUUCCCCAGGGAUGCUGUCAGGAUGUCCAGCCAUGAGAGAGUGCCUCUGCAGCCUCCAACAUAAAUGUCAGGAAGAGGACACACUUCUGAAUGUCAAAAGGUCUCAGCUGAGUGAAGUAGAGCAUUCCCUCACUGUACUCCAACACAAAAAACAGGAAGCUCUGAGGGAGAUAGCCCAGCUGAGAGCAGACACUGUACGACUGGAGCAGGAGAGAAAGUGUGUGGAGUGUAAUCUACUGCAGACCAAAGCUGAGAAGGAUUCUGUCAGGCAUGAUUUACAAAUGGUUCAGAGGCAAAGGGACUCUGCUCACCACACUGCAUACAGAGCCCUGGACCUCAGCGACAAGAGGUGUGACGUGGUGGUCAUGUCUGUGCUGGAGAGGGAUGAGAUGCAGAGACAGCUGACCGCAGCCAAGUCUGACCUGUUCACAGAGCAGCGGCGCGCCAGAGAGAGACUGGAAGCUCUGCAGGAAAGGCUGGACGAGGCUCAUGAGGAGCUGCAGGAGGCCACAGAUGCAGAGAGCGCUCUGAGGGACAAGUGUGACAGCCUGGAGGAGCAGCACAGACAGAGCAGCCACGCGCUCCACGCUUUAGAGUCCCAGGUAUGUGAGCUGAAGGGGGCGCUGGAGGGCAGUCAGCUCACAGUGGGGACUCUAGAGAAGAUCCUGUGUGAGAAGGAGCUACAGCUGCAGGAGCUCCAUAAACUCCACAGGGAGGAGCAGAGCCUCAGAGAGCAGGGCCAGAGCCAGCUACAACAGCUCAAGACCCAGCACUACACUGCCCUGAGAGAGGCCCGCAAACACGCACACUCCACACUGCAAACAACUCUGCAGCAGCACAAGAGAGACCUGGAGCUGAGGCAUCAAAGAGAGAUCCACAAGCUCAAAGAGGAAGAGGCAAAGAAGUGUAAAGAAGAACUGGAGAUGGAGCUUUUGAAAAAGGUGCAGAGUGCAGUGGAGGAGGAGCACAGCAGGAGGGAGGCUGAGAGAGAGGAGGCAGUGAGAGUUCAGAGCAGACUGGAGCAGCAGCUCAGAGACACAGAGGAACAUCUGACCUCCAAGAUCCAACAGGAGAAGAACAAGGCUAGGACUCUGCACAGCAAACUGAAGGAGAUGCACGUAGUACGAACCUGGAACAUCACAUCCAGUCAGCCCACAGUUUAAGAAUUCUUACGUUGCUUCAGAGGCAAAGACUCUGGUUUGAUGGGGCUAUGUGGGGCCUAUCUUUGUGGAGUUUGCAUGUUCUAUAUAGUUACCCUGAUUUCACUCAUCUACCUAAAAUGUGCACAAUAGGCUUAUCUCCCAGCAGGUACUCCUGACUUAAAG